CCGGAGAACAGGAAAUAGAAUUGGUUUUUACGUCUGCACGCGUGCAUCGGUUCCUUACGGAAGUGCUCAUAUAGAAACCAUGAGCCACGAUUCACACCUCCACCUUCCCAAAUCCCAAUCUACCAAGGCGUCGCUCCCAUGGGUUCUGCUACACAUCAACCCUCACGACCCAUCUCCCUCCGCUCCUCUUCAUCCAACAGCUGAAGCAGCACCACUGUCUCCUCUUUCAACUCCUUCUCGGUAAUCUCAUCGCAUGCUUUACAUGCUUGAUGUCGAAAACUUGUGCCUUGGCAAUGAGUGCAGUAUUGCUCAUUGAGCUUGUUCGUCUCUAAGCAUUUGCAACAUGUCCAUUU